ACCACCCAGUCUGGCGCCAAUAGCUGUGCAGGGUUGACGUACCUACUCAUAAUAUCCGCAACCGCCCCUAUAGAAAUAUUACCGCGUGUCCCAUGCAUUUCAAUAUUAUAACGUGGCUCUAUGCAGACAAUAAUUGUUGAGGGUGAUUGUGAACACACGAAGUGCUCAUAUAACUUGGAUAUUUUUCACAAAAUAUUCGAGCGGGUGAUCCGAGAAUGAAACGCGAUGAAUCCUUAAAAAGCGUCACCAAGUUCACGUCGGGGCGUCGCCUGAGUGAGACACGGCCGGCGCUCACGCUCGGUUGGCGACAGAAUUCACUUACUAUAAGCACACUUGCCCAGCAAUCCGCUUAUUUAGCUGAGAAAGCUUUCAGAGAUAGAGAAAGCGCAGAGGAAAAACUCCAAGCAGCUCCAGUUUCUUGGUUUAAAUUAUUCAGGUUUGCGAAGACAUGGGAGCUGCUACUGCUACUUAUAGGCAUCAUUCUAGCCUCAGUGAACGGCUUGUUUGUGCCAAUCGGCGUCAUAAUAUACGGAGAAUUCACAGCGCUACUAAUAGAACGGACAGUGAUGACGGGUACUUCAGCUGCCACUCUAACCAUAUCUCUUUUCGGCGGUGGCAGGAUACUAACAAACGCAAGUGCGGAGGAGAACAGACUGGCGUUGAUUGAAGACUCACAAGCGUUCGGCAUUGGAUGCUUUGUAUUCUCGGUAUUGCAGUUCGUCGUGGGUGCAAUCAGCGUUGAUCUCUUCAACUUUGCCGCACUUAGACAGAUUGAGAGAGUGAAACAAAGAUUCCUGCAAUCAGUGCUUCGUCAAGACAUCACUUGGUAUGAUCUGAACACGACAAUGAAUUUUGCUACCAAGGUUUCCGAUGAUGUAGAGAAGUAUCGUGAAGGUAUAGGUGAGAAGGUCCCCAUGUUAGUAUACCUGGUUAUGUCGUUUGUAACUGCCGUUAUUAUUUCGUUCUGCUAUGGCUGGGAGCUCACCCUGAUCAUCCUGUCAUGUGCGCCUGUCAUUAUUGCCACCACAGCUGUCGUUGCUAAGAUUCAGGCGUCUUUAACAAGUCAAGAACUAUCAGCAUACAGUGUGGCGGGUGUCGUUGCCGAAGAAGUGUUGUCAGCAAUAAGAACAGUUGUUGCAUUUGGUGGAGAAAAAAAAGAAAUUGCACGCUAUAGCGCACGAUUAGAUCCAGCCAAGAAAAUGGGGACCAAAAAGGGAAUAUGGUCGGGACUAGGCAGUGGUGUUAUGUGGUUCAUCAUAUACUGCACUUAUUCAUUGGCCUUUUGGUAUGGUGUCGGCCUCAUCUUAGAGAGCAGACAAGAAGCAAAACCCGUCUAUACGCCUGCUGUGCUAAUGAUUAUAUUCUUCAGCGUCCUGCAAGGCGCACAAAAUGUAGGACUGACGUCCCCUCACAUGGAAGCUAUAACAAGUGCCCGAGCGUCUGCUGGGGCUAUAUUCUCUGUUCUAGAUAGGAAACCCGUUAUAGAUAGUCUCUCCAACGAAGGAGAUAAGCCGGAACUCACAGGAGACCUGGAAUUAAAGGACGUUUACUUCAAAUACCCGGCUAGGCCAGAUGUACAGGUUUUAAAUGGAAUCAAUUUGAAAUUAAACCGAAAUGAAACGGUUGCGUUAGUGGGCUCGAGUGGUUGUGGCAAGUCGACCGUAUUGCAGCUGUUGCAGCGCAUGUACGAUCCCGAAACGGGAUCCGUGACUGCAUCAGGAAAUGACUUAAGGAACAUCAAUGUUAGACACUUACGAAACCAUAUAGCCGUGGUCGGCCAGGAACCAGUACUAUUUGCUGGUACAAUAAAGGACAAUAUUAGAAUGAGUAACCCAUCUUGUACAGAUGAAGAAAUAAUUGUCGCUGCUAAACAGGCAUAUUGUCAUAAAUUUAUCCAAAAAUUACCCGAGGGCUACGACACAUUAAUCGGCGAACGUGGUGCCCAACUGUCAGGUGGACAGAAGCAGCGUAUCGCCAUCGCACGGGCUCUUGUCCGGAGGCCCAAGAUCUUACUGCUAGACGAGGCCACUUCAGCUCUAGACUCGCACAGUGAAGCGAAGGUUCAAAGAGCGUUAGACGCAGCCGCUCAUGGAAGAACCACUGUCAUGGUGAGCCACAGGCUAGCUACAGUUCUGAAUGCAAACCGCAUUAUAUUCAUCGAUAAAGGAGAAGUGGUGGAAGAAGGUACACAUGAAGAGUUAAUCCAACAAAAAGGCAGAUAUUAUCACUUGGUUCUGGAGAACGAACCCAGCAUGGCACCGCAAUCCGCUAAUAAUAACGUAACAAAACAUACUGCAAAUGGAGAAUUGGAAAAAGAUGCUAAACUUCACCGUCCGAAAUUACAAAAGUUGGCUUCAGUGGAAUCCAUAAUGAGUACCAUGACAGAUGGGGAUUCUGACUCUGAGGACAGUUUGGUUUUGGAAGACGACAAACAACAAGAAUUGAAGCCAACUACAUGGGAAAUAAUGAAAUUGUGUGAGCCAGAGAAGUAUUGGAUGGUGGUUGGUGUAUUGGCCGCUUUUGCUGUCGGAUCAAGCUUUCCUAUGUUCGCGGUGCUGUUCGGCGAAACAUUUGGCUUAUUAGAAAGCAAAGAUGAUAACUGGGUGCGUGGCGAGACAAAUUUCAUUGCCAUUUUGUUCCUAAUAGUGGGUGUAAUGACUGGAGUCGGCAUUUUCUUCCAAAUAUUCAUAUUCAAUUUAACUGGCGUAAGGCUGACAGCUAGGCUCAGAGUGGCAGCCUUUGAAACGAUGUUGAAACAAGAAAUAGGAUGGUUCGACGACCCACUUAAUGGAAUCGGUGCUCUGUGUUCUCGACUAGCAGCUGACGCAGCUGCUGUCCAAGGUGCUACAGGCUCCCGUAUCGGUGCACUGAUGCAAGCGACAGCCACCAUUGCCAUUGGUAUAACAUUGUCCAUGUACUAUACGUGGCAGAUGACACUAGUAUCACUAGUAUCUGUGCCUAUGGUCAUUGUGGCUGUACUCCUGGAAGGCAGGGUGCUCUCAGCGGGGAUGGAUAGUGUCAGAGAAUCGUCAAAUAAAGCAACAACCAUCGCCACCGAAGCCAUUACCAAUAUUAGGACGGUGUCCGCAUUUUGUGGUGAAGAUGGAGUUCUAAGUCGAUACCAGAAGGCAGGCAUAGAGGCUCGUAACAAAGCUAUUAAGAGUAUGAGGUGGCGUGGAUCAGUGUUUUCAUUUGGACAGACAGCCCCCGUCGCCGGUUACGCCCUCUCCCUCUGGUACGGGGGUGUACUCGUCGCUAACAAGCAAGUACAUUAUAAGGACGUCAUCAAAGUAUCAGAGGCUCUGAUAUUCGGCGCAUGGAUGAUGGGCCAAGCUCUGGCGUUCGCUCCGAACUUCGGCGCAGCUGUGAGCGCAGCGGGCCGCGUGAUGACGCUACUUCAGCGACGUCCGCUCGUCGAGAGCACUCAUGCGCCCGCUAUAGCAGAGAACUAUGUUGCCGACGGUAAGAUUCAGUACAAAAACAUAAAAUUCCGUUAUCCUACAAGGAGAGAAGUGGAAGUACUUCGUGGGCUUUCGUUAUCGAUACCAAGUGGAAAGCGAGUCGCUUUAGUGGGACCAAGUGGCUGCGGCAAAUCCACCCUCAUACAACUGUUGCAAAGGCUUUACGAUCCUGAUGAUGGCAAUGUGUACUUGGACGACUACAGCAUCACAAAUGACAUGCGACUCACAACUCUACGUAAGAAUCUGGGUAUAGUGUCACAAGAGCCGGUAUUAUUUGAUCGGACGAUAGCAGAAAACAUAGCCUACGGUGACAAUACUAGGGUAGUCACUAUUGAAGAGAUCGUUACGGCAGCUAAGGCUGCUAAUGUACAUUCAUUCAUAUCGGCAUUACCGACGGGCUACGAUACAAGAAUUGGGGCGCGUGCAUCUCAACUGUCUGGCGGACAGAAGCAGAGAAUUGCCAUUGCACGGGCACUGGUGCGGAAUCCUCGAGUUUUGCUAUUGGAUGAAGCCACGUCCGCCUUAGAUACACAUAGUGAAAAGAUAGUACAAGAAGCCCUGGACCGUGCUAGCGAAGGUCGAACAUGUCUGAUCAUCGCCCACCGCCUGGCGACCAUACAGAACGCCGACAUGAUUUGCGUCCUUGACCGCGGUGUGGUGGCCGAGACCGGAACCCACGACCAGCUCAUAGCCAGCAAGGGGAUAUACGCCAAACUGUAUGAACUUCAGUGUGGAUUCGUGGAGGAAAGUGAUGAGAAUUUAGAAACUGCGGCUGCUUAAUUUGAGAAUUUGUGGGCAUGUAUUUAUGGUCUAUAUCUGUUUGUUUGCAUAUUGGUAAAAUCAAAAUCUAUGAGGCUUUGUAAGUAUACCAUGGAUUUGGAAAGAUGGAAUCGCAAAAAAAUCUCAUAAGGUCUUAUUUUGUAACAAGAUACAAAACUCAAUUAUCACUUAUAUGAAUAUGAAAUUAAAGAAUGAUUUUAAAAUCAUUCUUUAAUUUCACAUUCAUAUAUAUAUUCAUAAGUGAUAAUACAUAUAUAUUACAGUCAAUUGCGGCAUUAGGGCCGCAAUUCACUCCAUUAUAUUUAAAAAAAUAAAAUAUGUACCUAAAGUUUUGUCAAACAACGUAAUUAACAUUGCUAUUAAAUGGUUUCAUUCAUGCACACUAAAAUUAUAUACAAACUGGUACCUAACAACAUUUAUCAGACUUUAAAAAUCAUGGCUAAGGUGAGAUUAUUUCGUGCGUAUGCCUAUCGUCGAGUUGCUGAAAAUUAUAUUAUACUUGUAUGUAAACAUAUGUGUUAAAUUAAAUAAACUAGUCAUCGUAGAGACUGCCAAAUUCUUUCAAAUAGAUACUAUAUUCUAAGUAUAAAAAAUAAGUAUGUGCGUUGAAAUCUAUUUAUAAUUUAGUACCUUAAUAGAAUAGAAUCCAAACAUUCCCUUUUAUUCCUGAACCCGGAACAUUCCCACGAAUACUAAAAUAUUAGUUUAAAAACCUAACAUAAUUUAUUUCAAUUUAUUAAUCCAUUAAUCCUACUGUAGUUCUAAUUUAAUGUUACUCAAUGUACAAAGACAUAUUUUUUGCAUCAAGUGUGCCUUCGAUUGUUACAAUAUUGUAUUAUAUCUAAUAAGAAAGUAUGUAUUUAUUGUCACAUGUUAUACAGUGGCAUAUAACAUAAUAUUGUUAAUCUUAUUCAAUUUUACUUCAGUAUUCUGCAAGCAUCUUCUUAGCAUUUUCUAGCGGUAGGUAAAGAAAAUCUAUAAGUACCUAACUUUAUUAUGGAUUUCCAAAGUGUGCUCAAUUAAAACAACCAAAUUGUUAUUUUUAUAUCGUUAUAUAUGAACGCGUGUUAAUUCCUGAAUUAUAAAAACAUAUUUAAAAAGUUGUAUAGAGUAUAUUAAUAU